GUCGCGUUCGGAAAGAUGGCGGCGCUCGGAGCCUGGGACUCUUCCGCUGGGGGGGCAGGCAAGCCCGGCGCGCGAAUGGACUCGGACCUGCUGCUGCAUCCGGAGCUGCUUUCGCAGGAGUUCUUGCUGCUGACCCUGGAGCAGAAGAAUAUUCCAGUUGAAGAUGAGGUAAAGAUCAGUAAAGAUGGUCUUACUGAUCUCUAUGUUCAACAUGUCAUACCAUUGCCUCAGCGUGACUUACCAAAAACUAGAUGGGGGAAACUAAUGGAAAAGAAGAGAGGCCCACAGGGGCUGAACUCAAAGCAUGACAUAAAAAGCAUCACUGCUGUGGAAAAUUUGAGGAAGCGACCACUCAUUGUGUUUGAUGGUAGCUCAACAAGUACAAGUAUAAAAAUAAGGAAGACAGAAAAUGGUGGUAUUGAUGGUGUGAAACUUCUUACAGCAGGAAGUACAAGCACUACUUGCAGGAGACUGUCUGUUCCUUCAACGUGCAUGUCUGCCUCUACAUUUUCACCGGACAUUAAAAUUGAAUCUAGGAUUAAUGAAGUCAAGCUGAACAAUAGUAUAAUCAAAAACAGUACAACGUCUAGUCAGAAGUCAGUGUCGUUAGUGCCUGUAUCAGGAACUACUGCUGUGAAGUUAAAGAGAGCUGCUCCGAAGGAAGAAACAGAUGCAUCGAAUGGUCUAAGGCCUACUGAAUCAAAAAAGAAGAUCCAACAUGUAACAUGGCCAUGAACCGCUCCAGUCCUGGAAAUGUAAAUAAUGUUUAGUCAUUUCAGAAUGAACAAGACAUAUUGAACAGGGUUGCAGAUUGCAGUGGAUUCUUCGUAAUGUUAACAUCUCCACAUUAUAAAGCAGGCAUCAUUUCCACCCAUCACCUUAAGAGCAUUUCCAGUAUUGCACUUUUGAGUUACUAACUUCUUCUCUUAGUUGCUGGUUUGGUGGAACAUAAUUGUUCUGCUGGCCCUUCUUUGGAAUUCUAAGUAUAUUGUAGUUCAGCCCUUGCAUGAUCUAAUAAAGAAGUUUUGUGCAGAUUUGUAGCUAUUCACGUUCACUUGUAUAGUAGUAUUGAGUUUUUAAGUAUAUACAAGUGCAUUUAGGUGGUGUGGAAGACUGUGUUUCCCCAUUCUGCUGAACAUCCCAUGGUAGUUAAAUCAAUUUUGCACAAAACAGUUCUACUGGCAGGACUAGAAAAAUAUUUCAAGUUCUUGGGUGCUGAUACUAGUAAAUAGGAGACAUCUGGACUCUUCCAGCCUAGCUGUGAGACUAUUAUUACUUUGUGCAGAUGUGGUGAAAAACAGCUGAACUGUAUAAUGUCUUUGCUUCAAAUUGAAGUUCUUAUUAUAACUGAAAAAAAUGGAUUUCUGUUGUCUUAGAAGAUAAAUGGAUGGAAGCACACUAAUAGUCUGCGUAUAGAAAGUUUUGGAGAGAAAUAUAGUGCAUGAACUAGUGGUGUACCUUCAUGCAGUACAUGCAUAAGUAAUUUGCACAAAACACAUAGGAAUUUGUGGAAAAUUUUGCCUGCCUAAUUACAAAAUGCCUGCUACAACUUGGGGAAAAUGCUAGCAUUUAGACAUCUACCUAUCUGGGCAGUUUGGAAAGAGGUGGUGAACUUACUGCAAAAAACAAAAGAAGUCUUGACUUUUCCCUAUCUCUGAAAAAUGUGGAUUUUUUUAAUACUCUCCACAUAACCCUAUGAAUCCCAUCUGAGCUGGGUGUAAAUGUGAGAAGCAUGUUCCCUUGCGGAAGAUAACAUUAUGUGCAUAAAGGAAGUAUCUUUGCCCAGAUGCUGUGAAGGUAUUGGCAGUAUCUCAGUGGAACAGUUUAUUAUUUUAGUUCCAGAACUUGUAACAUUUUAAAGCAGCUGAUUUGAAAGCAUUGUAAAAUGAAAUGUGGUUGCUCAUUCUAAAUGAGCACGUUGGAGCUCUCUUGAUUCAGUAGGGCAGAUAAGUAUGUAGUUAGCCAUUAACUGAAAAUAAUGGGAUUGAUGUUGCACUCCUACCUCAGAGUAAGUCCUUUUAAACAUAAUGGGAUAUAUUUCUGAGUGGGUGUGUUUAGAAUUGUACUUUUGGUGUACAGCUUCCACUGGAUCAUACCUAAAUAUACCCUUGAGCGCUUCAAAAUAGAAAGGUAUGGCAGAAGUGUAUUUGUGUUUGCUUCUUCCUGAACACUUGUGCAAGUUCUGUAUUUUAGUACAGCAUAGUUUAAUUUUGUGUAUUUUUGUAUCAGAACAGCUGCCUUUUUAUUAGUUUUACCUGAUUUAAAUAAAUUUAAUUAAAAACGGUC